AUGAGGCUAGGCAUCUCAGAAAAAGGUGGGGUGAUGGCCAAUAUUGAUUUAAGGUCCAUUUUUAUAGAGGAGAUUAAGGCCAAACAGUUUGAAGAUGUAAAUCUGAACGAGAUUAGAGAAAAUGUGUUGAUGGGGAAGGCUCAAGAUUCAUCACUUGAUGCAGGUGGGGUGCUCAACUUUAGGGAAAGGAUUUGUGUUCUCCAGGUGGAUGGCAUAAUUCAGAAGGUUCUGUCUGAAUCUCAUGGUUCGCGAUAUUCUAUUCAACCUGGAGUAACCAAGAUAUAUCAAGACUUGAAAUGUCUAUAUUGGUGGCCAGGUAUGAAGAAGGACAUAGCCGAGUUGACCAAGUCAGCACACUUCAUUCCGGUUAGAAUGGACUACAAUGCACAAAAGUUGACAAAGAUUUAUGUGAAAGAGAUAAUAAGGCUGCACGGGGUGCCCCUUUCAAUCAUUUUACACCAUGGUAUGCAGUUCAUUUAUAAAUUUUGGGAAAAGUUACAUGAAGAGCUGGGCACUCAGUUCACUUUUAACACUGCUUUUAAUCCACAGAAAGAUGGACAAUCAGUGAGGACAAUCCAAGGCUAG